AUGAGGCCCGCUGUUUCCUCCCCACCGCCGGCAGCGCUGGUCCUCCGUCUUCUCCCCAGCAUCCUCCUCCUUCCAGUCUCUGCGCUCCUUCUGUUUCUCUCCUACUGCUAUCACUAUCUCGGCUACCGCAACAAAGCUGCGCGGCGGACGGCGCUACCGAAUCGCAAAACCGUCCUCAUCACCGGCGCAGACACCCCAACUGGCCUCGCGCUCGCCCGCUUAUUCUAUCGCGCCGGGCACAAAGUUGUGGGCGCAGACGUCAAUGCUUCCGUCGCGCCCUUCUCGGCCUCCAUCGCCGACUUCUACAGACUACCCGCGCCGCGACCAGCGCCCUCACACCUACAAAAGAGCCGGAAGGAACAGGCGCCUGGCGGAGAGCGUGCGCCAUGGCUGAAAUGGAUAUUCCGCCCGCAGAAGUUCGGGGUAGCACGGCGCAUACCGUAUAGCAUGAGGGUAUCCAACAUCAUUGGCACUCAGGAAGCAUGUCUUUGGAUUUUGUGUGAUCACGUGACACAGCAAGAGCACGCCGAACAAACGAUCAAUGCGUGGAGUUUCGUGGAUCCGCAGCGGACGUGCGCUUUUAUACACCCUCCGAAGGAGGUUCGUGCGAUUUUGGAAGAACCGACCGCUCUUGCUGCUUUUGUGAAUGGGCUGGAGGGUACCCACAUCCGCGCUCCAAAGAUUUCAAGAGUAUUCAGCCGGGCGGAGAUCCAUCGAGCUCUCGGCGCAUCGCCAAAGGGGACAAAGUUUGUUCUAGAAGAAGAGAUCACUCCUGAGCGUGCAGCCCUUAUGCGCGCAUACGACAAGGAGCGCGAGAAGCGGGACAGCGGUAUCGGCGGUGUUGCGGACGACGACGAUGUCGAGGAUGUCGUCAACGAGGAAUCUCGGACACCGAUGCGAAUUACGUUGCCAAUGCAGACGAUGAAUGAGACUUAUACCACUAUCGCGGAGCUGAAGAUUUCGAAACAGCUGCCUUGGAUCAUGAGGGAAGUUGUCGAGGGCGAGGAGUACGCCGCGCACGUGCUUGUCGUCAACGGAGAGCUCAAGGCCUUCGUGGUUUCAAAGCCGGAGAGUUUGCCAGCCGUGCAACGGGGCUCUCCAGUCUCUAGAAAACUUCUUACCGCCGGACGAAACCACGCCGAAAUUCACGUACCAGCCUUUGUAACCCCCGACUCCGCCUUCCACGCCACCCUCCUCGGCUUCACACAAACUCUUGUCUCGGCUCUUCCCGACUCGCACGGCCUAUCCACCCACCUAACCCUCACCUUCCGCGUCUCCUCUUUCCCAACUCCAACCGGCACCGCGCAGACCAUCUUUGCGACCUCCUGCUCCACAGCCGCGUCCCCCACCCUCGCGUCUCUGCUCCAGCUCAGCCGGACCCCGGAAACAGCAGCAAAACUCGUCGCGGCGUACCUGAGCGCCGUUCCGACGCCUACCGCCGAGAACGGGAAGGUGAUUGAGCCGGCUGUGCGCAUUAACGGCCACAGGGAGGACGAAGAGGGGGCUGUCAUUUUCUUGCCUGAGGCGGGUGUGGGCACUGUCUACGCGCUUCCUGUUGCUGUGAGGGAACUGCUCAUCCUGCCGAUUGUUGAGGUGUUGUUGUGGCGGCGGGUUACGCGGAAACGGCUUGUGGAGCGUCUGAGGGAGGUGGUGGAGAAUGUGGUGCAUCUGAUUAAUUUGAUUGCUUUUGGCAAGGAGGAGUUGUUUGAGCUCGAGGACCCGUGGCCGGCGCUGCUGUGGUGGCAUGUGGUUGAGCCGAUGCGGUUGUUGAAGGGUGUUUGGAGGGGUGGGGAGGUGGUGGGGUGA